GGUUCUAAUGCAAAAUCACCUUCCUAAUUUUCCCCUAAGAUAUUUCCCCUCUUUUUCUUCUCCUCGAUCAGUGGGGCUCUUCUUCUCCCCCAGGAAACCCCUCUGAUUCUGCUUCAAAUUCCAUUCAAUUUUCACAUCAAAAUUUCCAUUUCAUGAUCGAUUUCAUGCUUCCUCAAGGUAUCCAUAGUUUUUUCUGGUUUAGAUCACCGUGAUCCGUUAAGAAUUGAUGUUCUGCUGCCGAUUCGAUUAAUACAUCAAUAGUUGAAGAACAAUGACCACAACGGUAGAUUGGUCAGAAUUACAACCGGAAUUGAUCGAAUCAAUCGCACAUAAACUCAAAAUUCACAAAGAUUACAUCGGAUUCCGAUCGGUUUGUUCGAAUUGGCGAAAAUCCACCUCCAAAACCCCAAAACACCUCCCCUGUCAACUCCCAUGGUUAAUGUUUCCCCAACAGAACCAACAAUCACAUUUACGCUUGUUCUUCAGCUUAUCCGAGGAUAAAAUCUACCGCAUCAGUCUUCCAGAAGCCUCCUUUUUUCGUCGUAGAUGCGGUUCCUCCCACGGUUGGCUGGUUUACCUUGAAGAAACGCCUGCGGUUUUCGUUAUAAACCCGUUAACACGUGUGAAACAUCAUCUUCCGCCUUUAUGUUCGUUUCCUAAUGUUGUCAACUUUAGUGUCUAUGAUGUUGGAAGAGAAUAUACUCUUAAAACAGUAGAAGGUGAUGUGUAUACAUGUAGUUUGAAGGAAAUGCGCGACUCGUUUAUUAAAAAAGUGGUGUUUUCGUCGAGCCCGUCUGAUAAGGAUUUGGAUUAUUAUGCGCUUGCCAUUGUUAACCAGACGGGUGAUCUUGCGUACUGUAAGAAGGGUGAUAGUGUUUGGAAGUUUAUAGAUGAUGCACAGGCGUAUUGUGAGGAUGUUGUGUUUCACAAAGGGUGUUUUUAUGCUGUGAGUAAAUAUGGAACGAUUGCGGUUUGUGACGUUUGUGGAGGCAAAGAUUUGCCGAAUGUUUCUUUUAUUCAUACGCCGUUGCAGGUUGGUGGUGAUAUGCAGUAUCUUGUCAGUUUGGGUGAUGAGUUGCUGUUGGUGACGCGGUAUUUGGAGCUGGGAUUUGAUGUUGAACAGCAUCAGCUUGAUAUUUUUUACAAAACGACUGAGUUUCGUGUGUUUAAGCUGGUUUUGAAUGACGACGUGAUGUGGGAAAGUGUUUAUGAGUUGGAUGAUUGGGCUUUGUUUGUGGGAGAGAAUUCGUCAGUUGCGAUUCGGGCUUCUGAUUUUGAAGGGUGUAAAGGGAAUCAAAUUUAUUUUACGGAUGAUUAUUCAGAGUGGAAUUAUGAUGGCGCGAAUGGGGAUCAUGAUUUGGGCGUUUAUGAUUUGGAAGAUGGUAGUGUUGCAGCUUUGCCAUGUUAUACAAGAAAGUUUUACAAUGGGAGACGAUGGCCGCCUCCGAUUUGGAUCACUCCAAGUCUGCAUUGAUUUUAUAAGUUUCUAAUACUAAAAGUCUCUGCUGUUUGUGUUGUAUAAUAUCAUGCAUUUGGUAUAUAGUUUCGGUCUUCAUUUUGUUGGUUAUGUGUAUGUAAAUAUACUACUAUCUAUAUUGAAAUGUUGGUUAUGUGUGCGUAAAUGUACAAGUUAAUAGGUUAAAAUUGUUGCCGUUA